AUGGCCUCCUUCCUGUCCAAAGUCUUCCCGCGCAAGAAGGACAAGGAUACGUCAAAACGCAACUCAUCCCCCUCGCUCCUCGAGGGCAAGUUCGAGGCCGUCGCGCACCCAUCUUCGCCCUCUGCUGCCAAAUUCGCGGACAUAGCGCAGCAGCCGGGCGAGCACGGGCGUGUCAAAGAGAAGGAGAAGGAGAAGGACGGUGGGUUCACGCUCUUCAAGCCCAAGUCUCGCCCCCGCUCCCCACCCCCCAGCUCGCCGAAAACCGUGUCGAAUGCUCCCCACCUCACGCUUAACCUUCCGGUACCUAAGGAGCCACGGUCGCGUGCCCUUGGAGUGGUCUUUGAGGCGGAUCCCAACGACGUCAGCACCCUGCCCGAUAACAUCAUCGGCGAACGGCGACUCAGCCCACUGGAGACCCUCUUGCUCGUGAGGGCGUGCUCUACGGCGCUGAUAAACCAUGGAGGUCUCGAAACUCUCGGUGUGAUGCACCCGUUCUGGUACUCCGCCUCCCCCGACGCCCAGCGCAGACUUAUCUCGCUCUUCCUACUAUCUUUGGGUCCCAAAAGCCCUAUAACCACGCUCUCUCCCUCCCCUUCUUCCGCCUCCGCCUCCUUCGAUUCCGAACUCGAGUAUUCCCGUUCCCCUCACGACGUCGCUGCCGUAUUCCGAUGGGCCCUCCGCCACCUCCGCUUGGAAGGCGAAUCGUUCGGACGCGAUUCCAGCGAAUGGAAGUGGUACGAAACCUUUGCGGAAGCUGAGCGGACCAAGUCGUACCCGAACAACGCGUUCAGCGACGCGUUAGUCCCGCAACUCCCCCCCUCACACCAUCAGCUGCUCGUAGCAACGCUUGAUCUCGUCUCCUCCUUUGCCUCGCAUGCGGAGACCAGCGGUGUUUCUGGGAGCAAGUUGUCUAAGUUCCUAGGUAUCUGGCUCCUCGCUGCAAAGCGGAGUGAAGAUGGAGAGGAUUGGCCAGCCUUUUAUGCGCGCUGGGAGCGCGCCGGAAGGAUAUUAGAACAUCUAUUCUUGGCGCACAUUCGAGAUGAGAUGGCGAGCGAGAAGGUUCCUCUCCGCUUGGUCCAGCUCACAAAGGGCUAUCCGUAUCACGGCAAGAGUGAGUCCUCAGGUUCCACGACGACGGGAGACGAGCUCCCCGCACGUCCUCGGUUCUCCACCCUUCGAUAUGACGCACUCUUCGUCCGCGUUGAGACGGAGUCGGACUCCAAGGCCCCGAAGACCAAGUCUCACGCGCUUCGUCUUCUCAUGGACGCGCUGAAAUCUGAGUUGGAUCUCAAGGAUGCGCAGCUCCAGGCCGCAUGGGAAGCAAUCCAGAAGACCGCACUUGCAACCGACGAACCAGAGCCGAUCCUAACCCACGUUGAUAGCUUUCCAGGACUGUCCCGCAUCUUCACGGACGAGACGACCCGCAUACUCUCCUUCCUUCCAUCCGCAUCUGAGGAUAUUCCUACCAUUCGACUUCCUCAGCCUCCGUAUAAACGAUCCACGUCGGCCAACACCACGUCGGACAAGCCCACUCCUGCUGAGAACAACGGCAGUGGGAAGCACACACCAGCGACCUCUCCGCAGACGCCAACCUCGCCCAAGGAUUGGAUGGACUUCUCGAGCGGUGGCUUCGGCGAGAGCACGCUUGGCAAAGAUUUCGCGAAAACGCUCAUGGACAAGGACGUUGAAGUUACCAUACCGCCGGCACCCAUAGAGCGCAAGGUCAGCUCCAGGAAACGCGUCCCCGUACCGACCGACCGCCGUUCAUCCGUGGACAGCCCAAACACGGACUCAGUCAUUCGGGCCUCGGAGAUCGUGGCUCCUCCCAAGCCUCAGGCACCCAAGUCGAAGACGACUCUGGCGAGUCUAGUCAAGCUCGACGAGGCGUUUGUCGACUUCUGGAACGAUUCUCUCCUCGACCCUGUCUCCUCCGGCUGGCCUAAUGCACUCUUGGCUCAGCUCAACGCCAUCCCUGGCGUUGAAGUUGACGGCAAGCCCAUCGGGUGGCUCAUCGUCGAGCAGCGCUUUGUCGCUCCGCCUUCCACCCCAGCUCCUGCUCUCGAACCGGCCGCUGCCAACACCCGCCGCGCCGCCUCCCCACGCCCCUCGGUUCGCUCUGAGAGCUCCGGCAGGAAGAGUUCGGCAUUCUCGCUGUCUGCCCGGAAGCGCCUCACCUUCUUCUCGUCCUCGAGCCAGAGCAUCUCGAGCGCGGCUGCCAAGUCCGAAGUAAAGGCAUCCUCAGCGCGCAAGAGGGCAUCCAAGGGCGCCCGCGUCGGCGAGAUGGGCGAGAUCCUGCCCGAGGUCAAGGAGAGCGACGAGAAGUCUCCCGCGUCGCCCGCGAAGAAGGAGGCCGCCGCCCCUGCGAAGCCCAGCGUCGUCGUCUCUCCUGCGACACCCGCCCCUGCUCCCUCGGCCGCUGCGUCCCCUGCGUCCGAGGGCUCGCUCUCACCCAUGACACCUUCUGCCGACGACUUCCCUGCUAUCCCUGUCGUCGCAGGCGUGCUUGCCACCACGGACGCUGGGGCCGUCGCCGUUGAAGCGCUCAAGACCGACGACGGCGAGCUCGCGACAUGCUGUCGCCGACAUUCCACCCGCCACCGAGGCCGACGAGAUCCCCAAAGCGGAGGAGACGCUCCCGCCCGCACCGGAGGCUGUCGUCCUCACCGGCGAGACUCCCGGGCCGGAAGUCGCGCUGAGCACGAGCGAACCCGCGGCGCGCGCGGAGAUCGUGGAGAAGGUGGACGCGCUCGUGGAGGAGGCGAAGUCGCCUGA